CUUUACAUUAAUCUCAUGACUCAUCGUUCUCGAUUAGGGUUACUUUUGUAGGGUCCAAUCGCCCCCCCCCCCCCCCCUUUCCAAUUAGUUAAUUAUGACAUGCUGUUAAUUAGCUACUGUGUUCAUCGUUAAUAAUUACUUUUGUAGAGCUAUAUUUACUUUAAAGCAUGAUCAUAUUAUUAACUAGAUGGACUUCUUUUAGGUUGCAUGUUUGAAUUUUCUUUGUUUUCUUAAGAAAGUGUUCAUAUAUCGAAAUUUAGCUGAUAAACCAUUAACGCGGAGCAUAUAUAUGGCCAUGUGUGUGUGGACAUCAGUAUAGCGUAUGAACAUGCAAAUUUCAUUUUCUAAAAUUUACCCACCAGUUUGCACUUUCACCUUAUACAAGUGAAAAGGACAAUAAAACAAGGUCCCACCCUGAUAAAAAGAGAGAAAACAGAUUAUAAUCUCAAAACACAAAACAUCUACUUUAUUAAAACAGAAGUACACUUAUAGAAUAACCCUAAAAGUUACAUAAUAUUUACAGUCAAAUGCCAUUGAGAAUUAAAUUAGUUUUACAUUAAAAAUGAUUGUCUUUUCCACUUAUUCAUUGUUUUCUUAAAAUAACUCAAACUAACCACAAAAAAAAGAAACAUAUUAUUAAUAAACUCAAACAAACUACAUAUUUUUAAAUAAAUGAACAAACAUAAAUAAUUCCUCUGCAAUAUCGACACCCUAACAUUGCUUAUUAUAUAAAUCUCAUCCUUAGCUUACGUAACCUGCACGAACAUCAAAUUAUAUAAGUAAUUAAACUAAGAAAAAUUAACAAUGAUUCUCACACGAGUUGAACAAUUUCAGUUCACUUAAUUUCACGGUGGUGUUUGUAGCAUAUUUGUAACCACUUUAUUAUAUUGAAAUAUUCCACUCACUUCCAUAUGUCCAAAUAAUUAAUAAUCAUUAUCUAUCUUAUUAAAAUCUAAUAUUUUUGAAUUGAAAAUCUUUUUCCCUAACAAUCUUUGGAAAAAAAAAUAGAAAUAUUUGCAUAAUUUACUAAUUUGUUUCUAAAUAAGAUUUCCCCUUCAAUUUCGGAACAAGGAAUAUAUAUAUAUAUAUAUAUAUAAUUUGAUCCAUAACUACUAAACAAUAAACAUAAUAUUCGAAUUUCAACAACAUAUUCUGCAUACUAAUGCAAACAAGAGAUGCCUUACGAGGGUGUUUGAAAGUCCAUUUGAGAACUCAUCAUCAUCUCUCCUAUUUUUUCUUUAUAUUUAUAUUAUUAAUAGGUCAAAAAAAACCCUUUAAAACCUAGCAAUGGAGAUGGCCUUAGUCCAAAGUACUCAAAACUUUUUCUUUUCUUAUGUAAAUGUUUGACAAAAUUUGACAAGAGGAAUCAAAUUAGUACUAAAGCAUCUAUCUCCCUGCCGUGGUAUACAUGCGCUAUAAGAGAGCCAGGCAGGGUUUAGUUUUGAUGGAGGAAAACCUGCAUCGAGUUUCACGUAGUCCCGAUGUCGGGACCCACAAUCAAAACGACUCCGUCGCCGAAGACAACCGUCGACGACGGCAUUACAACCACCAUACUCACGGCGUCCAAGUUAAAUGCUCAGGCAGGUCGUGGGCGGCUGCGGCUAUUGCUGAUUGUGUAGCGCUCUGUUGCUGUCCAUGUGCCAUCAUAAACUUUCUUACUCUGACUUUCGUCAAGGUCCCUUGGAUGAUAGGACGGCGAUGUCUCGGAGGCAGACGGAAGAAACAGAACAAACGGAGGCUGCACAAGAGACAACGCCGCGGUAAAAUCAACAGUGAAGACGGGUUUCAUCAUUACAAUAACCGUAAGUUUGAGACGGCCGUGGAAGAUGAGAAAUGCGGUGGUGGUAGCGGCGGAGAUGAUGAUGAUGAUCACCGGUUUGUGGUGGAGAGAGAUGGAAGUUUAACGAAGGAUGAGGAGGAGAAAACGGCGUCGGUUAGUGGGAGUGAAGAGUCGAGAACAAGUGCAAGAGUUGAAGCAGAGAGAGUGUGGUUAGAGUUGUAUCAGAUUGGUCAUCUUGGAUUUGGUCGAGUCUCCUUCACUGGGAUUCAAUGAUUUAAUCGAUCAUUUUUAGGAUUUAAAAAAAAGUUAAUAUUCUGAAAUUUCGGAGAAUAUAAAAUGUGAAUUUAUCUAGCCUAAAUAAUGUAAAAUUUGAUAGUGUAGUGUACUAGUGUACAUUUAUUAGUAAUAGACAAUUAAAAAAUUUCACAUUUGAAACUGAAAACUACAUACUACAAAAAAUUUCACAUUUUGGUAGAGAGUGUGGUUUAAGUUCCUUGUGUAAUUUUUCGACUCUUCAAUGGUUACAUUCUGUGUCGAUUCUCUUACAUAAUAUCCAAAUUUUAAACGGUCGAAAUGUCUUUGACCAAAGGAAAAAAAAGGUCGAAAUGUCCAAGUGAUCAAUCAGUAUAAACCGAAUAGAUAACCGGAUCAAAC